AUGGACAGGUGCGGAUUGCCAAGGUCUUGCCCGGUUCAUACGCUAGACUCGGCCGGGGUGCUGGCGUGGCUCGAAAUACACUGUGUGAACUGCUGUCAGACGCUCCUGACCAACUCGCCCGCCACCAUGUGGUUCGUAGACUCACGUCUCAAGUACUGCUGCACACUUCGAUCAGAGUGCAAGCCGCACCUGCGCGCCGCAAUGCAGGAGUUUUACGACCUGCCCGAGGGAUUGAAUGAACAGACCGUCUUGUGGGAGGAUGUGGUUGGUAUACUGCCUCAACCUGUGGACCUUGCGGACGUGCCGACAUUCACAACCCUGUUCGACAAAGGUGCACGGGGCUACCGGUCCAUCGGCGUCACAAGGCGGUACAACAUGCGCAAUAUUCUCGAGAGAUACUUGCAGCAGUACGGCGACUGGGAGUACGCACGUGGGGCUACGCAAGUGCUGCACAUGCAGUCUGUGCAACCGCAGCAGCAUGUCCAGUACAUCCGCGAUAAACGCACCAGGAAGGAACUGUUUGUACUCAAAAUCCUUAAGGUUAAUUCGAACCCUGAAUCUGCCACCUUGGACACGGACCAACUCAAAAAGCUGACUAUUGCUCAGCGCGACGCGCUACUAGUCGCCGAGUGGCUUGAGAUUCCCCUUGACCACCUCUUCCUGAAGGAAUUUAGGGAAAGGGGAACGGUGUCUCCCCGUCGCAGCACGGACAAUGCCAUCGCGGGAUGGUACGGCUGA